ACCACCAUAGCCGUUGGUGCAGUGAUCACAACCCACAGCAACCACAGCGCAACCACAGCAAGCAAGGCUAAGCUUACGGGCUUUCCUCUCCAGCUUCACCCACCCACCACCACCUGAUCUCCGGUCUCGUUCCUCUCUCCAUCUCCAUCUUCCUCUCCCCCCUCCCUCGCUCCCUCCUCGCAAGCCAACCAACCAACCAACCAACCAAGACCAUGGGCACCAUCAGCGAAGCUAUUGAGCGCUCCCAUGUGCAGUGGGCCGAUAUGGGCCCCCGCGUCUGGUUCCUCGCCUCGUCCCCCGCGUCCACCGAUCUCCAGCACACCGUUGUCCCCGCCAGCGCCCUCAGCAUCCUUCGCCGCAGCAAGGACAUUGUUCUUCUCCCAGGAAACCACGACUCCACCCGCGACUUUGUCGACUUUUGCAAGGAACUCCUCAACCUCGACGACAGCCAGGUCAUCUACACGGAGGAUGCGGGCCCGUUUAUGGUGGAGAGCCACCACGGCGGCGCCGUCAAGUGCCUGGAAACGCUUUUGCAGCAGCAGACCAAGAGCGAUGGCGAGACGUACAUGCUCGUCCCUCGCAAGCUCACCGUGUCUACCAAGAAAUGGCUGCCACGCCUGCAGGAAAAGGGAUUGCUUGUCUUCGCCGAGGGCACACCCUCACUCAAGCACUCCUCGGCUGCCAUCCUCUACCGCGCCGCCACCGACAUGGACACCCCCUCGCUGCUGGAGGAGGUGUGCCCGGGCGUGAAGGUGCCGGAGGGGUACGUGUGCACCAACAUCGAAGAACUCCUUGACGCAUACUCGCGCCUGGAGUCCAACACGCAGCGCGACAAGUGGACGGGCACGGUUGAGCUCAUGCCCAUCAAGGCCCUCGGCGGUGCCGGCCGCAUCCGCGUCGGCUCCGAGCAGGAACUGCGCAUGUACGACUUCCCGCUUGGCGACGUGGUGAUGAAGACGGCGGUGACGAUCGACAGUAGCAUGGACAACAGCCCCUGCACGGUGUACAUCGGCUUCCUGCAAGGCAAGCUCCUGCCGCCCGUGGAGGUGCUCCGCAACUCCAACGCCUUCACCGUCGCCAUUCGCUCCUGCCGGCUGGACCAGAAGCUGCAGACGAAGAUGGUGGACUGGUGCACGGAGGUGCUGAAGAAGACGCGCCUCAACGCGCAGGGCGUCGGCACAUUCGAGCUCCUCAUCAACGACGGCGAGCCCGUCCUGCACAACGUCACCUCCGGCUUUGAGAACGAGCACUUUCCUCUCCUCUUUGCGCAGAAGUACGCGCCCACGUCCCGCUUUUACGCGUGGACGUUCACCCCGGCCCAGACCCUCGACGUGUGGACCUUCUGGUACCGCCUCUACGACUCGGGCGUGAAUUUCCGUCCGGGCAAGAAGCGCUCAACCAACGGCGUGUUCCCGCUCGUCUUCCAGAAGGAGCAGCAGUCCUGGUUCAUCGCUGUGGGCGACACCGACGAGAAGGUCGAGGCCCACUACAAAGUUGCGGACCAGCACCUGCGGGAGGGCGUGAUUGAGGAAUCGCUCGAGCGCGUCGGCCUUGAGGAGUCCGUGCGCCGCAUCUGGUGCGGAAGUGCCCGCCCAGAGUACCGCCGCGAGACACAGCGCUACAACCUUCCAAACAGGUGCAUGUCGCUGGUGCGCAAGGAUCUCGACUUUGUCAUCCUGCCGGGCAACCACACGCUCACGCGCGAGUACUGGGAGUUUGUGCGCGAUGUCAAGGGGUUGAGCGAGGACCAGGCCAUCUUCACCAGCAACGAGCACUUUGUCAUGGACGAUGACAUUGAUGACGACAUUGUGGGCCGCAUCAAGGCCAUUGUCACCACCCACCCCAAGGACAAGUUCUGCCUGGUGCCCUACUGCGUCACCGCCAACUUUGAGCGCUGGUCCACGCAGCUGAAAGAGGUGGGCGUGACCGUCUUUGGCGAAGAGUUUGACUGGGUUGAGCAGUUUGGUCACAAGGGCAUCCUGCACCGCCGCGUCGACGCACUGGACAAGCCGUCCAUCAUGGAGGAGAUUGCGCCCAACGUCCGCGUUGCGCGCGGGUACACGUGCAGCACGCGCGAAGAGCUGCUCAAGGCGUGGGAGAUGCUCGAGUGCGAGACGGUGGUGGUCAAGCCCGUGUUUGGCGCCGCCGGCGAAGGCAUCCUCUUUGUGUCCGACGUGGAGGAACUCAAGUCCUACGAUUUCGCCAUGGGCGACGUGAUUUUGGAGGAGUUUUUGAACCUCGACAGGACUGCCGAUGGCAUCGUGCUCUCCCCAGCCGUCCACUACCUUGGGCCCACCGUGUUUGGAAAGGGGCUUGUCGACCAGAUUAUGGUUGGCACGGGCUACGCAGGAUGGCGCAAGUCGCAGGCCACCCGCAGCUUCCAGACGACGUGCAGCCGCGCCGUGAACAAGGUGCUCAAGGCAAUCAAGCCCAAGGGCCCCGGCGGCUUUGACUUCCUCAGUGUUGAGGGCAUGCCCUUCCUCACGGACGUCAACACGGGCCGCUUCAACGGCGCCCACUACCCAAAGCUCUUCCUCGAGGCAAACUGCCCUGACAAGAGCUUCAUGGUGUUCAAGCACAAGCCGCCGGCCAACCUCAAGGUCAAGCAGUUCUGGCACCGCCUGCAGAGCGCAGACAUCGCCUUCACCCCUGGCGAGACAGAGUCGGGCGUGUACCCGCUCGUGUACCUGCGCGGCCUCUCUGGUCUCUUCAUUGCCGUCGCCAAGACAGACAGGGAGGCAACACAGCUCUACCAGCAGGCGAAGGCGUGCCUGACAGAGCGCCAGCCCAUCCCCAAGCGCGACCUUGCACAGAGCGCGAGCGUGUCGUCGUCGCUGCGCAUGACGCUUCUCAAGAACCCGGAUGCCAUCUACUCGCCAGACCCGCUCAAUUAUGCCGGCGUGCUGCUUGCUGGCCGCCACAUUGUUGCGCUGCUCAACGAGGCCGACACGAAGAAGUACGAGGAUGUCAUCACCGCCUGCAACGGCACUGUCAUUGACGCAAAGGGCCUCGUUGUCGUGCCCGGUUUCAUCGACCCGCACGUGCACAUCACGGGCGGCGGCGGCGAGAUGGGCCCAUCCUCCCGCACCCCAGAGAUGCAGCUCUCCACCCUCGUCUCCGCAGGCAUCACCACCGUUGUCGGCGUCACGGGCACGGACUCUGUCUCGCGCAGCCUUGAGAACCUGCUCACCAAGGCGCGCGCCCUCAACCAGGAGGGGCUCACAGCCUACUUCUGGUCGGGCGCAUAUCGCGUGCCGACCCCGACCAUCACGGGCACCAUCAGCCGAGACAUCUGCCUGAUUGAGCAGUGCAUUGGCGUGGGCGAGAUUGCUGUUGGCGACCACCGCGGCUCCCAGCCCUCCGUCCACGACCUCGAGGUCCUCGGAAGCGAGUGCCGUGUUGGUGGCAUGCUUGCAAACAAGGCUGGCGUGGUGCAUGUGCACAUGGGCAACAACCCUGGCGGCAUCCCGCUGCUGCGCUCUGCGGUGAUGGCCUCUGCCCUGCCCAUCACGUGCUUCUACCCAACACACAUGAGCCGCAACAAGGAGCUUGUGGAGGAGGGUGCACGCUGGAUCAAGGAGGGCGGAUACGUCGACUUUACCGCCCGCUCCAGAGACACCAUCAGCGCGCUGACGCGGUACUUUGCAUCUGGGGUGAACCUGGACCGGGUGACGGUGUCCUCGGAUGCCGGAGGGUCGUUCCCAACCUUUGACGAGCAAGGCAACCUCCUGCGCUAUGGCAUGCUGGACCCCAAGUGCCUGCUCAAGCUGGUGAAGAAGCUGCACUUUGACCUUCAGUGGCCCCUACAGCGCAUCCUGCCGCUGAUGACGCGCAACACGGCGGACGUGCUCCGCUUCGACACCAAGGGCACCAUCUCCGUGGGCAAGGACGCUGACCUGCUGCUGCUUGAUGCAGACUCGCUGGAGAUUUCGCACGUCUUUGCCCUGGGCGAGCUCAUGAAGAGCCCAAACUUUGUCAAGAAGGGCAUGUUCGAGGAGUGACACGUGUCAUGGCGUGAAUGACAUGACCUGAUUCUGUUUGCUGUUGUUGUGUGCAUGUGUGUAUGACAUGUGUGUGGAUGAUGUGUGUGGAUGACGUGUGUGGAUGACAUGACGGGGUGCUUGUUGUUGUCAAUUCGUUCGUCUUGUUGCUUGCUUAAUCUUCUUCCAAAAUGAAAAUUGAUGGAAUCAUUCAGUAAUUUUCAGC